GUGGCUGGUGGUAUUGGUAUUUACAUCUCAUCCUCCCCAAAUACAAUUGAUAGGUCAGAUUUAAGCUUUAGAUCUGUUGAGGCAGAAUCCUGCUGGAUUGAAAUCUUACAGGAACACAAACCUAGCAUAAUUGUGGGAUGUAUAUACAGGCACCCCUCGUCUAAUCUUGAUAAUUUUAUAUUUCAACUAGAAAACCUCGUCAGUCCCUUAAACCAAUCCAAGCAUCAGGUCUUUAUCCUAGGGGACAUGAAUAUUGACUUUCUAAGAGUAGGUACACAUUCCAAAACUGAAGACUACCUUGAUAUGCUAACAGUAGUAACCUCCUCCCAGUCAUAACAAAACCUACUAGGAUCACAAGCCAUACCGCAACUCUUAUUGAUCAUAUUUACACAAAUGCCUCUACUGACCAAAUCAUACCUGGUAUUGUAACCACGGACAUAUCAGACCACCUGCCCACUUUCUGUUUCAUUAGAAGACAGAUAACAAGGCUAAAACCAAAGAGAUUCUUCAGGGACUAUUCAAAUUUUGACUCUAAGACCUAUCUGAUUGACAUAAAGUCAGUUGACAUCCACACUAAAGCCAGCAGCUUUGUCUAAAAACUUAAAGGCACAGCCAAUAAACAUGCGCCAAUUAAACGCAUACCCCGCAGCCGUCUAAAGCAAAAGGUUCACAAACAAUGGAUAGCAGAUACCUUAUUAAAUUCUAUAAGAAACAAGCAGAAAAUGUAUCGCACGCACUUUCUUUUCUAAAGAUCUAGACAAGGUAGGUUACUAUAAAAAAUACUCAAAUACUCUGAAUAAGCUGAAAUGGACAUGUAAGUCAUCCUACUAUAAGCAGCAAUUUGAACUAAAUAAGAACAACCUAAAAAAUAUAUGGAAAUUAAUUGGCACCAUUAUAAACAGGAAACCUAAAGGGCACACUGUACCAGCAAAGUUACACUACAAUGGAAAAACCUACACCGACAAACAUGACAUUGUCAAUCAGUUCAAUGUGUACUUUAUAAAUAUUGGUCCAAAUUUGGCAUCUGCAAUUAACUCAAGUAUAAAACCUGAUGCAUUCCUCCCAGCAACUCAUAGUUCUAGUUUUUUUCUUUCCCCGGUGGAUUCAGCGCAAGUUGAGCUUAGCCUAGCACUAUCUGGCCUCGAUAGGCACAAAGCCACUACAGAUAUCCCUAACUAUCUAAUCAAGAUUGCCAGCAAUCUGCUUUCAACUCCCCUCACAAGCUUAUUUAAUGAAUCAAUUGAAUCAGGUAUUGUCCCGGAUAUUUUCAAGAUCUCAAAGGUUACCCCAGUCUUUAAGACUGGUGCAGUGACAGACCCUGGCUAUUACCGUCCCAUUGCUGUACUCUCUCCGUUUUCUUAAAUCCUUGAAAGACUGCAAUCAGCUAAGUCAUUUCCUAGAAAAGGAAAACAUUCUUUUUAAACACCAAUUAAUUUUGGCUUCAGCAAAAAUUAUUCCACUGAGCAAGGACCUUGAAAAAACUAUAAAUGAGGAAUUCAACCAUCUUCUUAGUUACUGCUCAGCUAAUAAACUUUCUGUAAACGUUAAGAAAACCCACUAUAUGACAGUCUCCUCCCCCCAAAAAGCAAAUAAACUUAAG